AUGGCAAUAACGAAGAAAAAGAACUGUACCUACCCUUUGGAUGAAAAGACAUUAGCACGGCUCGAAAGAGAAGCUCUGCAAACCUUGAAAGGUAAAAUUUCAGGGUUUUGUAAAAAAAGAGCUUCGGAAUCACGAAAGGAAGGACAAGAUGGAACCGAAAAGGAAGCCGAGACAAAAGAAUCGAAGGAAAUUGUUAAACCUACCGGUUAUAAAUGUGCAAAGGCAUUGAUAUUAAAAACGCUGCGAUCGAUAAAGGAGAAGCAGAGAAGAGAAGCAUUUACGAAUCAGUACAAAAGAUGGAAGUUUUACACUUCUUUAAUUAAACUAAAGACCAAUCUACUGAAUCAAAAAUGGGAUUACUGUUGCCAUUUGAAAGAGAGGACAAUUAUUCGAGAAAGCAAACGUCUAGAAACUAUUGAAAGAUUGAGAUGGGAAUACAACGUUGACGCAACUGUACCUCCGGAUUCUAUAAUUUUUGACAAGGUUAGUUUCUAUUCGUAUGUUGACAAUUUUUAA